AUGUCUGGGGUGGGGGUAGGCUCCUGCGGGGGUUCGGGCUCUGGGGCCUGUGGCGGGGCGGCGGCGGCCUCUUCCUCCUCGUCGUCCCCUGGUGGAGCCGGCGGAGGCGGCCUGUCGAUGUUCCGCUGGUUGGAGGUGCUGGAGAAGGAGUUCGACAAGGCGUUCGUGGACGUGGACUUGCUGCUGGGCGAGAUCGACCCUGACCAGGCGGACAUCACCUAUGAGGGGAGGCAGAAGAUGACCAGCCUGAGCUCCUGCUUCGCCCAGCUCUGCCACAAGGCGCAGACCGUCUCCCAGAUCAACCACAAGCUUGAGGCACAGCUAGUGGAUCUGAAAUCGGAACUGACAGAAACGCGGGCUGAAAAGGCAGUAUUAGAAAAAGAGGUGCAUGACCAGCUCCUGCAGCUGCAUGCUAUUCAGCUUCAGCUCCAUGCCAAAACUGGUCAGAGUGUUGACUCAGGGGCAAUAAAAGCAAAAUUGUCUGCCCCUUCUGUGGAAGAUAUGGAGAGAGAACUUGAAGCCAACAAAAAAGAAAAGGUGAAAGAAGCUCAACUUGAAGCUGAGGUGAAGCUGCUUAGGAAGGAGAAUGAGGCGCUUCGUCGACACAUAGCUGUGCUCCAGGCUGAAGUAUACGGGGCAAGACUUGCGGCCAAAUACUUAGAUAAAGAGCUAGCAGGAAGGGUUCAGCAAAUUCAGUUACUAGGCAGAGAUAUGAAAGGACCUGCACAUGAUAAACUCUGGAACCAACUAGAAGCUGAAAUCCACCUGCACCGGCACAAAACUGUGAUAAGGGCAUGCCGUGGUCGCAAUGACCUAAAGCGACCCAUGCAAGCACCCCCAGGGCAUAAUCCAGAUUCCUUAAAGAAGAGUCAAGGUGUUGGUCCGAUCAGAAAGGUUCUCUUGGUCAAAGAAGAUCAUGAAGGACUGGGAAUUUCAAUAACGGGUGGAAAGGAGCACGGUGUACCCAUCCUAAUCUCUGAAAUUCAUCCGGGUCAGCCUGCUGAUCGAUGUGGAGGUCUACAUGUUGGAGAUGCCAUUCUGGCAGUAAAUGGAGUUAAUUUGAGAGAUGCCAAACAUAAAGAAGCUGUAACUAUUCUUUCCCAGCAGAGAGGAGAAAUUGAAUUUGAAGUUGUGUAUGUUGCUCCAGAAGUAGACUCAGAUGACGAAAAUGUAGAGUAUGAGGAUGAGAGUGGACAUCGUUAUCGUUUGUAUCUUGAUGAAUUGGAAGAAGGUGGAAAUUCUGCUUCUAGUAGAAAAGAUGGAAGUGGAGAUGUCAAACCAAUGCAAGUGUUUGAUAAGAAAGAAAGCAUUGACAGUCAUGAAAAUGGAGACUUAGGAAAUUCGAUUGAAACGGAAGAGACUGUAUCUAAAUUAGCCCAGUCUGCUGAGAGCUUAGCCUAAAAAAAUCCAAUCCAUAAAUCAUCAACAGAACUGAUCAUUUCUCAAGAUGGUUUGUGAAACUGUUCUAAAUUAUACAUGCCACAGAAAGUUCUAAAGAAGGACUAAAAGGUAAAGGGAAGCUGUGUAACUAUUAUCUGGAAAACAAACAAACACCCUGUUCUGUUGGUUACCUCAGGGCUUCAUUAUGAGCAAAUCAAAAUGUGUAAAUUUCCCACUUUUCUAAGAAGUUGCAUGUCAAAUGAAUUUCCCAUUGACCUAUAAGCACCAAAGCAUGUUAUUUCCAAAGGCUUUUCUUGAAUUUUACUUUGGAUCGUGUUUAUGAUAAAAGGUAUAGAAUGAUGUGGAAGAACUUUGACACUUGUUUCUCCUGACAAAGAGCAAAAGCAAAAAAAAAGGCAUCUGUUUCCUAGUGAAAUAACUUUCAACUGUCAUAUAUAUGGAGGGUGUGCGUCCUCUGUGGUGUAUUCCUGACUUGGUUAGCUUGUUGUUUUAAAAUGCAUCUUGUAAAAAAAAAAGGUGAACAGCAAAAAAAGUCCCUUCAGUUUUUCACAAUGUACAAAAAUAAGUUUUGCUUUUAAACUCAGAUGCAAAACAUUUUGAUUACGAACUAUUUUUUGUGAAGUUAAAUCUCUGAAUUAGGC